AUGGGCUGCGGCUCGUCGCGGGCCGUCGACGACGACAAGGCCGGCGAGAGCUCGGCGCCUGAACGCAGGCCGGGUGGCGGGCGGAAGGAUGCCAAUGGCGGACAGACACGGGCUUCGGCAAUUGUAGAAGACGAUGAUCCGUGGGUGGGCCUGCCGAGCAAGCACGUCCCGGAGCCGAUGGUGGCCAAGGCGCAAGAGAGCGAGACCGCCCAGGCUGCUCACGACGCCGCCAUCGACGACGAUGCUGAUGCACUGCGCGACGCGCUGCGUGAGGCCGGUGGCGAGGUCGACGCUCUCCUCGACGAUGACGAGUACACACCGCUGCAUAGCGCCGCCGAGUACGGAUCGGACGAAGCGGUCAAGGUGCUGAUCAAGGCCGGGGCUCUCCCGCACCGCGGCACCGCCGCCGGCCACACACCGCUCCACUGCGCGGCCGAGAACGGCAACAUGGCCGCGCUGGCUGUCAUGCUGGGUGUCAAGCGCGUUCGUGUUGAUGUUCACGACGCCUUUGGCCAGACACCGCUCUUCCUCGCCGCCCAUGCCAAGCAGGACGAUGCCAUCGAAGCGCUACUGGACGCUGGCGCAGACCCGGACAUCACCCACACCGACCCAGAGACACAGGACGAGACCUUGGCGGCCCGCGCCUACGUCGACGCCCACGCGCGGACUGCCACCCGCCCGUCCAAGGCCAUCCUCAAGAAGCUCGAAACCGCCAAGGCCAAGGCCAUCCUCGAUUCCACCGAGCGUCCUCCGCCCGAGGCAGACUCGGGCUCAGAAUCAGGCUCGUGUGAGGACUGGAAGGCUAAUCUCGAGCAUCUCAACCGGACCAACUCGAACGUUGGCGGCGGGCAGAGCAAGGGUGGCCGCAGCGGUGGCGGGCGGAGCAAGGGUGGUCGCAGCAGCGGCGGUGGCGGCACCCUCACUCGAUCGCCACUGUACCUCGAUCGCCACUGUACCUCGAUCGCCACUGCGGGCACCGACGACGAGUGGGAGGAGCUGCUUGCCACACCGGCCGACCUCGUCCUCGUCGACGUCCACGCCGAGUGGUGCGGGCCGACCGAGUGCCUGGGCCCCUCGUUCUCGAGGCUGACAGCUCUCGCCUCGCCGUUCUCCCUCAUUGUGGCCACGGCGUGCGCAGACACCAUCGGCUCCCUGGCCCAGUUCCGCGGCUCAGCGACAUCGACCUUCCUCAUCUACAAGCACGGCUCGCUGGCCAAGGUUGUGACCGGGCCCGAUGAGGUGGCGCUGGAGAACGCCGUCGCCAACGUCGCCCCCAUCGGCAAACAGCUGACUGCUGAUGGCGCAAAGGCUGGAAAGCGUACCGAGGACGGGUGCACUGGACGCUCCGCCUCGGAUGCCUCGUCGCCCGGCACUGACGAGGCUGCUUCCGGUGAUCCGUCAAUCGUACUCGGCAUCGGCUGGACUGUUGUCGCCUCGCCAGACUACGCUACCUCGCUCGUCCCCGAGCUUGUCGCCUACCCGCUCGAGGAGCAUUCAUCUGACCUGAGCCAUCCAACAACUGUCGUCCGCCUCGAUGUUGCCAACCUCACCACACCCCUUGUGGUUCAGACGAGUCCGCCGUCGAGCUCGAUGGCCACACUCUCGCGUGCAGCCUCAUCGAACUCAGUCCUCCCCUCAGACGCCGGCGACGUCGACGACGACAAACCAGCCAUUCUCCCGCCCGACUGGCCGCAGCACGGCUCGGCAGACUCGCUCUCUGUGCCAUCGUCGGUCGAAGACGACGCGUACGCACUUGUUCCGCUCCGCAAGCUCGACUCCUCAAUCCGUCGCCUUGUCCUUGUCUUUCGCGUCCACCACGACUUUACUGGGGUCGACUUGCCGUCCGACUCGGCUCCGGAAGAGCCGGAGACCAAUCGCGGCCGCGUCCUCACCGACACGACCUCGAUCAAUAGCGAGGGUAUGUUGUCAGCACGUGGGCGAUCGCCAAGAAGUGAUGGCUCCUUGGCGUCGACACGGCCUGUGACGCCCGGCGCCGGCAACGGCGACGGCUCGCUCACCACCGGCGAGUCGCCGGACGCCAUGUACGCGCACAGCAUCUCACGCAACGUCCUCGCCAUUCUCAAGCCUUUCCACUUUUCGAGCUACGUCCGGAUCAUGGAUCCGGUGACCCAGAACGAAGUGACCUCGUACUCGGCGCCGCUCAUUGCGGUCGACCCGACCACUACCUUUUGUCCGAUUCUCAUUCUGUGCGUCCACGCUGAUGGCGCCGUGGCCAUCGCGCAGGCCGACACGUAUGAGACUAUGACCGACGCCGCCUUUCUGCGCUCCAUUGAGGAGGCAGCAAGCGUGCACGGGUAGCGCAGAGUAGACUAGCUGGUGGGUGGUGGCGCAACGACUUUUAGUUGAGGCCGGCGCGCUCGAUGCCCCAGACGGCAAUGAUGGAGAGCGGGUAGAGAGUGAGGACAACAAUGCCCGAGAGCAGGGUGUGGGUCUUCUUGAAUGCAAAGAACGCCAUGAUGAGCUGGACGCCGACAAUGGAGAUGGUCUCGGCCGAGUAGAUCCACUUGAGCGAGCGGGCCCAGACAAUGGCGAGGAAGAUGGCGAG